AUGCAGUCUGAGAACUCAAACCGCGGAGGACGGGGAGGUGGUGGACGGGGACGAGGAGCACGAGAUAGAGAAGAUCGGGAUCCAGGCGGUAGUGGGAGAGGCGGUCGUGGAUCAUAUAGAGGUGGACGUGGAGGAUCUGAGAGAGGAGGAUCACAGGAGCAUAGAUUCUCGAAUCGCGGAGGAAGAGGUGGUCGUGGAUCACAUCGUGGAGGCUCCGAAAAUGGACCACCUUCUAGCUAUCGUUCAGAUAGAGAAUCGAAUGGUGAUCAACGCGGUGGACGUGGGUCUCAUCGUGGUGACUAUAAAGGUUCGGAACGGGGAUCACACCACAGAGAUGAUAAUGCUUCUCGUGGUGGAUAUCGUGGAAGAGGAGGGCACCGUGGAGAUGGAGAUGGUGCGUACACAAGAGGAGGUGGUAGUGAUAGAGGAAGACGUGAUCAUGCAGAUAACCAUCGCAGACCUGUAGAAACUACUGACCGCUGCAACGGCUUACUUUCGAGUGACAAGGAAAACUCCGGGAACAGAGAUAUGAAUCAACACCUCAACCCUCGACUCGCCCUCAACAUUUUUGGGCUUGAACUCUCUGAGCGUAUAGUUUUUCGUCAUGUGGUUCAGAUGAAGCUUCUCGAUCAUAAAACCAACAAGGAUUACAUCCUCACAACGAUGAGCGCUCGAGGUCGUGGUAAUCGCGCAUCCAAACAGAAUGAUAACUUCAUUUUGCUUGGCAAGCUUCUGGACAGAUGGAUUGCCACGAAAGGAACAAAGAAACACCCAGUCUAUGCUUACGAUGGAGCUCAGUCGCUUUUCACUUUAGAAGGAAUUAGCCAGAACAUGGUCAUUCAGAAGGAAGAUGCUCUGCAGAUUCCGGGAAUCUCUGAGUUUCUGAAAGACUCAAUCAAGUUUCUGAAUGGAGACCUAGAAAUUUCUUGUGAACCCGACCUCGAAAAGCCGUCGUUUGUACAGACUGAAAUCAACGAAUGGAGUGAUCCACGAUUCUACGCAUAUUUAGAUAUCGUCACGUCUCAGAGCGCUACUAGAAGCGGGAAGUACUUGUCCCAGUCCAAAGGUCUUUAUGUGAAUACUGAGCACAUGGAAGAACUUCGGGUAAAAUGGGCAGUUGCAGCCAAAGGAAUCCAUAAAGGAUGUCGCAUCGUCGGCAAAGAGCAUCCACUGCCAAUUCUCGAGCUCGAUCCACAGUCCACUCAAUACUACGCAGCUAUUCCACUGAGCAAAAUGAUCCAAUACGCGUUCCCGCGUGACUUUGGAUCAAAUCGUAUUGUCAAUCCAAACAUGAGACUACAAAGAGCCGUCAAAUUGCUACUUAAAGACUUAAAGUGCAACCCUUACUAUGAGGAUUUGAGCAAUUGGGCGACUAACACCAUCACAGUUUCGGAUAUCGACUACAACGCUCCAAAAAAUCAGGAGUUUAAACAGAAAUAUCCAAACCUCAAAUUCCCAGCCCUCCCUGCAGCCCAAUGCGGCACUGGACCUCACAAACGUUUAAUGCCACUUGAGUACCUGAAAGUGCUCCCAUUCCAAUCUAUCGAUCGGAGAGUUUUGGAAGAGUUCGAGCUCACUCCGCGUGCAAACGCGCCCAAUGAGCGAUGGACUACUCUUCAGCAUCACUAUGACGCGUUCGGCUUCAACGACAACGUUAUGCAAGAGUUUGGGGUUCUUAUUUGUAACGAUCCGUUCCAAAACAUCAGCGAGAUCGACGGAGAAAGAGUUCUUGCUCCAAAAAUCGCCUACGCUGAUCCAGUUCAUGUUGAUGACGAAAAGCGUGAUUGGAAAGCUCAAGACAAGCGAUUUGAAACGCCAGCAACUAUCGAUCACUUGAUGUUCGUUCUUCUCGCAGGUUACACCCGUAGUUUUGAUCAAGAUAUCAGAGCAACAGAGUUCGUCGCUAAUGCUUUCAUGCAACGAUGCCGUGACAAAGGCAUGAUUAUCAAAAACUACGAGUUGAAACACUUCGAAGGAGAACGGGACAGCGAAACGUUCUUAACUUCAGUUUUCAAGUACCUUGUCACCCUCAGGGAGUAUCCAAAUCCCGCUUUCAUACCAUUCGUUCUUUUCGUCUCUGAUGACGUUCCAAAUAUUCAUGAGUGUCUCAAAUUCGAGGAACGGAUGAGUGAUAUUCCAACACAACAUGUUCUUCUUAAAAACAUCAGAAAAAUCAGAGACAAUAUCGAAAAGAAAAGCCAUGGUGGCAGACGUGCAUACGACUUGACUCUCGAUAACAUUGUCAUGAAGGCCAAUGUCAAAUGUGGAGGAUUGAAUUACACUGCAGAUCCUCCGAGAGAACUUGGAGCGUGGAAAGAAGUCCCAACGUUCGUAAUGGGCAUGGAUGUCGCGCAUCCAGACAAAAUGGCAUCAAGGGAAGGAAACCCAUCUACUGUUGGAUUGUCUUGCAACGCCGCGGAUAAUCCGUAUUCGUUCAUUGGAGAUUUUCUUUACACCGAUCCAAGAAGAGAGGCUAUUCAAGACGAACUUUUGAGAAAAUUCACUGACCAGCAUGUUCGAAACUUUGCGGAGCGUCGUGGAUUCCCAAAGAAAAUUAUCAUUUUCCGUGACGGAGUUUCUUUUGGUGAAGAAACGGAAGCUUUAAGAGAAGUAGAGAUCAUCGAACAGACAAUUAUUGCUGCUGCCAAAUCACAGGGGCUCCGUGACUAUGCCCCUAAAGUGUUAGCCAUCGUAGUCAAAAAACGUCACCACACACGCUUUUAUGCAAAAGGAGGUCAAAAUGGGAAUACGCCCACAAAUCCCUUACCUGACACAUCUGUUGGAGGAGACAUUGCCGAGUAUGGAAAACGACAAAUUUUCAUUCAGGCCUUCAGGCCAGUCCAGGGAACAGCAAAGGUUCCGUCGUUUUUAAUUCUCCGGGAUGACGAAGAAGUUUCUGAUGAAAGCAUUGCAAAAAUGACAUGUGCGGUUUGCAGUCUUCAUCAGCUCGUGAACAGUCCGACUUCCAUCCCAACUCCUGUCUAUGUUGCUCAUGAACUUGCCAAGCGAGGAACCGGCCUGUUCAAAGCUUAUAGAUUCAAAAAUGGAGAACUUCACGACUGGGCAACUCUUUCCGACCAACUAUCCUAUAGUACACUCGAUCGACUCUCCAAAGUUCGCGUAGUUUAG